AUGCCUCCUGCUAUGGCGACCCUUCCAUGGAGACUCUCUCGAGGUGGUGGUCUUUCAUGUCCCGGCCAUUCUAGUCCUGUACCACCUGUGCGUCCAGCCCGAAGCUAUCGAGGAACAUGGAGAGCAACACUGACCAGCAGUGCACCAUUCCGCGACGUCUCAAGCGUGACAAACCCUGGCGAGCGGCGCACCGUGUCGUUGUCGGACCCAUGUUUCGAGAAUGCAAGCACGAUCCAACUCUUCCUCGACUUUGUCACCGAGGGCCGCCUUCCCAACGUCGGCCGCGACCUCACUGGCGUCAGCGACCUCUGUCGUCUGCUCAUGAAGUAUGAAUCCAAGGCUGCGCUCGGAAAACUGCUGGUCGACGUCGAGAGGCGGCUCUUAGCGCGCACCGUGUCCGCGUUGGCAGUGUUCGUCAUCGGCGCCGUUGUCGACAACGAAGACCUCUGUCUUUUGACAUUCCAGCACGACACUUGGACAACCGCUCCCACCGAUGAGCUUGACGAAAAGAAGAUCUUUGUCACAGGCUUUACACUCGAUCCGUCCAAGGCGCCAUACACGCACAUGAGUGACACUCCUACGGCGUAUUGGUGGGCUCUCACUCGUUCAUGGGAUCCCACUCGAGCGCGCACGGGUCAGAACAACGUCGGUUUUGUGGAAGGCACCAAGUUCUCCAAGCUGCUCGCCAUCGCGAAGAAGUGA